UGUCUGGGUCGCUGGUCGAGCAGGAAGCUGUUAGUGUGGUUAGCUGAGCGGAACAUUAGAGGGGAAGCUGCUUUGCCCUUCUAUGUACUGUAUUCUGUGUGCGCAGUCACGGGCUGGACUGUGGAGCAGAGCAAGGAAGGGCAGAAACGAGAGUGAAGGGCAUGAGUGGAAGCUAAACAGAAAUUUUGGGUUUUUUUUUUUUUUUGGGGGGAAAACACUGAUGCAGUGAAACAGACAGCCAGCAUCCACAGCCUACAACUAGUCUAUCAAAAGAGAAGCUGUGUACAGUACAAGUCAGACUGAUCAUGCUGCCAAUGUAAGCUCUCAGGAGAUUGCAUGGGACCUGCAAUGGCACUGCUGGCAGGUGUAGAGCCUGGGACUGGACAAAGACCAGGCGAGGGGAGGCUAUCCUGGCCAGUAUUCCUACUGACCCUGGCUGCUGUCACCUCCUCCUCCCUCUCAGUCCUGUCCCUGUACCAACUGCUGGCACUCAGGGGUGAGGUGGAGAUGCUCAAAUCAGACAUCAGUCGCAGGAGAGAGGAGCGACAAGAGCCCAGGCACGGAGGCCAGACCUUGGCACAGAUGACUAACAAGAGAAAUAUCCCAGAGAUUCUGGGCCGACUAGUGUCUCAGCCGAGUCGUCCCCCGACGAGGAAGAAGAGACAGACAACUGAAGAAGACAAAUCAUUUUCCCAGCCUUGCCUACAUAUGUUGGCAAACACCAGCAGGAAGACCUUUCAGAAAGACUAUGACUCGGAGCUACACACAGGCAUUCCCUGGAUGGCAGGGCUGAUAAGAGGCUCUGCGCUGGAAGUAGUGGGAGACACAAUGGUUGUCGUAGAAGAAGGUUACUUCUUUGUCUACAGUCAGGUCUACUACUACAAGGACAGCACCUUUGCCAUGGGUCAUGUGGUGAUCCGUAGGAAGAGGAACGUGGUGGGAGACGAGCCUCAGCAAGUUGUCCUGUUCCGCUGCGUGCAGAACAUGAACCCUGUCUACCCUUUCAACACCUGCUACACAGGAGGUAUUGUAAAGCUUGAAGCUGGGGAUCAUUUGGAGCUGCUGAUCCCCCGAUCCACAGCCAACGUGUCCCUGUAUGGAGACUCCACCUUCCUGGGGGCCUUCAAGCUGGCUUGAACUAUGUCACCUCACCUUGUACCCAGGGAAACGGGGCCACCACUGUUGGGACAUUGUCUCAAUGAGAGAGAGAGAAGUGUGAGGACCAUGGCACAGUGCUGGUGAUUCUGUAUGAAUUCAUAUGCUGUUACAAGAACACAACAAGCACUCGCUGAAUGAAAGAUCAUGCGACUCUUAAACUUUUUGGUGAUGGUGUUUUUUUUUUGUUUUUUUUUUCUUUUUUUCGGUGCCCCCACUUGAUCAGCUUGGGAUGAUAUAUAUAUAGGGAUAUAUAAUAUGAGGGGGUGGCAUCGUCCUUGUUCAUAUAAAAUGCAUGCCUCUUGUUAGCUACAGCUCUGUGUGUUCAUUUUUACCACAUAUUAUCAUAAAAUAUUGCUGGCUGCUCCACACGCUCUCAGAAAAGCAGCUGCAAUGCUGAGUAAUUUUGGUUUUAAUCAAAGAAAACAUGCUCAUUAGUUGACCUGCCAAGUAAGAGAUGUGUGUGAUAUCACUGUUGUACUCUUUUGAGUGAAAUGAUGUAUAAUCAGUAAAUAUAGUGACGAUUUCCUCUUUCCUCCUGCACACAGCAGUAGCAUCACUAUGUCCAGUACUCGAGUUGAGGGGGGAUGAGGGUGGAUGGCAUGAAAU